GCACAUUAACUAUGCUUGAAUUGGAACUUUUUUUUCCCCUUUGACACACACCUCACGAUACAGCCCUGGCUAGCCUGGAAGUUACUGUGUAGAACAGGCUGACCUUGAACACAGAGAUCCCUCUCCCUCUACUCCUAAGUGCUGAGAUUAAAGACAUCCGCCACCAGGACUGGUUUAUGUGAACAGCGUUUUGCUGAAAUAAAAUCGAACGAACACACAGUCGCCCUCCAUUUUUAUUAUUGUCGUCUUGUUACAGAAUUACAAGAUUACAGCAUCUUUGUAGGAAACCAUCCCAGAUGUCUAAACCUACCGCAGCGUCGUGGCUGUACGAGCAGGUGAUGCCCUGGACAACAGGGAGGCCCUGGCGGUCUCCUUUCCACGAGCCCCCAAGUCUUCUCGAGGCCCUGCCGAGAAGCUGUCGCCCCUACAGUGCAGGCCUCAUCACUGUGACGGGGUCUCUUGGAACUAUGGACGACAGGAGCGCUGCCAGGACCAUCUUCGGCAGAGACUCCGUUCCGCGAUCGCCCCGCCUUUCCCCUUCCGCUGAGUCUCUCCCCAGGAGCUUCCGCCCGCGCUCACGUGUGCGCGAGUCUCCGCUAGCUUCCAACGCGUGGGAGGGAGAAAUGUGGUGUGGCUGCGCGUGCGCAGAGCGAACGAGAACCCGAACGCUCGGCGCGGCGCGAGAAUCGGUAGCGGCCACAGUUCCCAGAUAUACUUUUGGCAUCAUGGAUCGGUUUGGCGAUAUCUCAGAAGGUGAAGUGGACCAUUCUUUCUUUGACAGUGAUUUUGAAGAUACAAAGAAAUGUGAAAGUAAUUCCAUUUUUGACAAGCAAAAUGAUGAUGACUUUAAGGAAGGAAUAAAUAAGGACAUCAAAAAUUUAAACUUGAAAUUUGGAGUACAAAAUGAUAACCUUAAAGAGAAAAUAGAUAAUGACACAGAAAAUGUGAACUUGAAACUUGGGAUACAAACAAAGGAAAAUUACCUUACUCAGAAGGGAAAUGAAAGGAAACCAAAAUUUCCCCCAAAGGAACAACAUGUAGAAAAUGACCCUAUACAAACAAGAAGUCCCUCAUUGUUGACUUCUUCAAGGUCAAAAAAACUGUGUGAUACCACAAAAGGAAAUAAACUACAUUUGCCCGUUCCAAAUAGAAUUCCUAAAAUUGUGAAAGGUGAGGAUGAUUACUACACAGAUGGAGAGGAAAGCAGUGACGAUGGGAAGAAGUACCACGUGAGGUCUAAGUCAGCGAAGCCCUCUAGUAACUUAAAAAAGAACAACACAAGUAAGAAGUAUUCCAAAGCCAGUUCCUCCUCUCUGUCUUCCUCAUCUUCACGAUCAAGCUCAGACUGCUCAGAUAUAGGAUCUGACAUGCAAAAUAAACCUGAUUCAGGUUCAUCAGGGAAACAAGUUUCUAGUGUAACCCCCUCAUCACCAAAGCAGAAGUGUAAGUCAGGAAGAAAAUCAAGUGCUAAACAGAAGACAGGUGACUAUAAUGCAGAGUCAGAAGACAACGUAACAGACGUAACUCCCGCGUCAACUCCAGACAGCAGCCCUGCCCAGCCAUUUGAGUUGAGCCAAUCACAGAAUCAAAAAGUAAAAGUUAAAAGACAAGAAAAUGUGAGCCGGGAUGUGUAUGAGGAUGUGGAGGCUUUAAAGAAUGAUUCAAGAUGUCUGAAAUCAGCCAAAAGGAAAGAAAAGCAUGGACAGAAUUUUGCUCCAAAAUCAUCAGUGUUAGAUGCAAAUCUAGACCGUAGAUCCAAGCAAAAAGUCUUACAUGACACAAUGGACCUUAAUCAUCUGUUGAAAGCUUUCCUGCAGUUAGAUAAAAAGGGACCACAGAAACAUCACUUUGAGCAGCCUUCAAUAAUACCUAGGAAAAACUACUCUUUCACAAGAGAAGAGGUGAGACAGAUUGAUCGGGAGAAUCAGAGGCUUUUGAAAGAACUGUCAAGACAGGCUGAAAAACCAGGAAACAAAAGUACAAUUCCUGGAAGAUCGCUUGGCCAUCCGCCUAAGUUGUAUCACAGUGCUCUCAACAGACAGAGGGAACAGCAAAGGAUUGAAAGAGAAAAUAUGGCUUUAUUGAAACGGCUUGAAGCUGUGAAGCCAACAGUUGGCAUGAAACGCUCUGAACAGCUGAUGGACUACCAUCGGAAUAUCAGUUACCUCAACCCUUCACCGUCCGUCAGACGAGUGAGAUCUACUCUUGGCCAUUACAGCCCACUGAGAGGAGCUUCCAGGACAUCCAGUGCAACCAGUGGUCUCAGUUGUAAGACUGAUCGAUCAGUGUUGGACACAUCCAGUGGCUUUUUGCUAAGACCGAAACCCCCGAAUGUUCGUACUGCUUGGUUGUAAAACCUUUUUUUAUGAUAUACAUUGUUCAUCUGUUGGUCCUGUUUUAACGAUGUAUUUUUCUGUACUACUAUAACUAUUUGCAAACAUCUGUCAUACUUUUCCAACAAUUUAUACAGCCAUGAGUAUAAUUUAUUGUUAUUCAGUGCAAAUUGUUAUCAAAAGACACUUUGAUGUAAAAUCAGUGUUUCAUGCGGUGGCAUAUUUAUAGGAGCCAUAUGUCUAUUUCAUAGAGAAAGGUGUACGCAUGAAUGUUUCUUCCAUAUAGGAAUUCAGCUGUUGUGCUGACAAAGCAGCAGUGGUGGUAAUCCAUGUUGAAACCAAGACGCUCACUAUAUAGUUCUUAAUCUAUAUGAGUUUCAGUUAUUGUAAGCGUUAAGGCACUUUACCUUGUAAACUUAAGCGCCUCGUGCUUCUGUCUGCUUUAGACUGUCUGUAACACGAGUCAGCACUUGCUUAUGUGAGUGUUCCACUCCAAAUGAAAAAAACUUGAAAUUUGUUUUCAUGGAGAAGCUGGUGUAGUCUUGAUGAGGAGCGUGAGCAGCUUGUAUCAAUGCAGCUCUUGCUUGACCAACGACGCUUCUCCCUAAGUCUGAUUAUCUAUUCCAAACCGUUUCACCCCGUGAAUGAGGGGUUCACUUUAGAAGCGUCUGUUUCGUGUUUAUAUGCAGUCUGGUAAAAUACCCUUAAGGAUUCUGAGGCAAGAGGGAGGCUUUAACAGCCUCGAGUCUUGUGACUUGUGACUGGUUUGGAUCCAGAUCAUUUGCAUCAUUAACAAAAGCAUGUGUUUGUGGAUCAGGGAGCAACAUUCCCAGCUUGAAGACCAGGGUGUGUUAGAGCAGUGUUUGAAAUGAUACUGUUAGUGUGUGUGCUGUCGUUGUGUAUUUAUUGUAUUAAUAGAAUGCUUAGAGGAAGGAAGAAAUGAUUAGAGAAACCAAAUACAAACAAGAAAGAAACUAAUCACACAUUGGUUACAGCUACUGCCUUAAUGUUAGUGAAUGUCCUUGGCUUGGCUUAGCUGAGUCCUGGAAGCACCAGUCUUCAGUCUCAUAUUUGAAGGUCUAUUAAUCCUCAUGGACUUGCUAGUGACACACAGAUGUGAAAUAGUUGACUAUGAAAACUAGAAUAUUUUCCUGUCAACCUAGAGGCUGUUCUUUUGUAGAACAAAGUGUGUGAUAUUUCAUAGUCAUAGCCUUUCAUUGCUGGUCUUGUCAGUAUGCCUUUAGUAAAUACCUUUUAUAUUCAAUGACACGCUUUCUUAAAAUAUGAAUUAUCCCUGACCACACAGAUCUGUCUGGUUCAGUGCUCAGCACUGGAGCAUGCGUGCCACACCUGCUUCACCUUCCUUAGCAGGGAGGCCGACUGCUCUUACCAAGCACCAGGUCACACAUUGUUAGUCUCACUUUAAUGGAUGGUGUUUCAGAUAGAGC